AAUUAUUUAAAAUAAUAUAUAAAAUUGCCUUCCUGCUACAUGUAUAAGGAUGGAUGCAACCUUGAAAGAACUGACUAGUUUAGUGAAAGAAGUCUACCCAGAAGCUAGAAAGAAGGGCACACACUUCAAUUUUGCCAUCGUUUUCACUGAUGUUAAAAGACCUGGCUACCGAGUUAAGGAGAUCGGCAGCACCAUGUCUGGCAGAAAGGGGACUGAUGACUCCAUGACCCUGCAGUCGCAGAAGUUUCAGAUAGGAGAUUAUUUGGACAUAGCGAUCACCCCUCCAAACCGGGCACCACCCACCUCGGGGCGCAUGAGACCAUAUUAGAUUCUAUUUACUAGUUCUUAAAUUUAUUUUUCGGUGAGUUAUGUAAAAUAAACGUAUGUACUCUCCUGCCCCCAUUAUUGCCAUUAAGCCUUUAAAUUCUAAGCAAAUUAUAAUGCAUCUACUUAGACGCUAGCUUUGGAUGUGCUGUGAUCACUAAUAGAAAGUCUGUACGUUCAAGUCCUUCUGUAAAAUAUGAAGAAAAGUGCUCUUAGCAUUCUGUGUGCAACCAUAUUGUUAAAUACAUGUGUGUCAUCAG